UGCUUUGUAGUAGAGGAUGACCUUGAAUUUCUGAUCUUCCUACUUCCACCUCCUGAUGCCAAACCACCUGAUGGUGACAGCCUGUGCCUCGUAGGCCUAGCUGCUGGUAUGCCAGGAGAUGCCCAGAGCAGAGCCAGAAGGAGUGCUUUUCCCUUGACCCCCCCGUGUUCCUACGACACUCUUCCCUUCAUGCAGUAGCUCAAGUCCUUGGGCCAUGGUACCUACCAGACUUGUCUUGACAAGGAUUUGCACUGUGUUUGAGGGUGUUUCGAAAUGGGCUCCAUCCACAUGGACUGUCCUCAGGCCCAGCCAGCUUCUUCCUCUGCAAGCAUCAUGCAGAUUGCUCUCUGUGGGCAUCGUAGACCACGCUAAGCACCGGGAGCCUUCAGGGAAGAAGCUCCUGUCAGAGAAGAAACUGAAAAGGCAUUUCGUGGAUCACCGGAGAGUGCUGGUCCGUGGAGGAAAUGGGGGCUCUGGUAUGAGCUGCUUCCACAGUGAGCCCCGCAAGGAGUUUGGAGGCCCUGAUGGUGGGGAUGGAGGAAAUGGUGGACACAUCAUCCUGAGAGUUGACCAGCAAGUCAAGUCCUUGUCCUCAGUCUUGUCCCAGUAUCAGGGUUUCAGUGGAGAAGAUGGUGGCAGUAAAAACUGCUCUGGACGAGGUGGUGCCACCCUCUAUAUCCAGGUCCCUGUGGGUACCUUGGUGAAAGAAGGAGACGAGAUCGUGGCUGACCUAUCUAAUCUGGGAGAUGAGUAUGUGGCUGCUUUUGGGGGUGCAGGAGGAAAAGGCAAUCGUUUCUUCCUGACCAAUGACAACCGUGCCCCUGUAACUUGCACCCCUGGACAACCGGGUCAGGAGCGCAUCCUCUACUUGGAACUCAAGACAAUGGCUCAUGCAGGAAUGGUUGGCUUCCCGAAUGCUGGGAAAUCCUCUCUCCUUCGAGCCAUUUCAAAUGCAAAACCUGCAGUGGCUUCCUACCCGUUCACCACCUUGAACCCUCACGUGGGGAUCGUUCACUAUGAAGGCCACCAACAGGUAGCAGUGGCAGACAUCCCAGGCAUCAUCCGAGGUGCACACCAGAACAAGGGCCUAGGCUUCAGCUUCCUCAGGCAUAUCGAGCGUUGCCGCUUCUUCCUGUUUGUGAUAGAUCUUUCCUUGCCUGAGCCAUGGACUCAGGUUGACGAUUUAAAAUAUGAACUAGAGAAGUAUGAAGAAGGCCUGUCGGAGAGGUCCCACGUGAUCAUUGCAAAUAAGAUCGAUCUCCCGCAGGCCAGAGCCCACCUGCCUCUGCUCCAGGCCCACCUCAGACAGGAGGUCAUAGCCCUGUCGGCACUGACUGGGGAGAACCUGGAGCAGCUGCUUCUACACCUAAAGGAGCUGCAUGAUGCCCACAUAGAGGCCGAGCUGGAGCAGGGCCGCCAGCCUCUCAGGUGGUAGUGGGCACAGGGCUGUGGGCCCCAGGGCCAGUGUGGAACGGAAAGCAAAAGCAACCUUUUUGUAAACUGCAGGCCACUUUGAACUCCUCAGCCUAAGUACUUGCAAACAUGUGAAUGUGUCAGUGUCUUUGUUUUCACACCAAUUUGGGGCACCUUCCUAAAGUGCCCCCUGCCCUCUGGCCCAGAGUGAUGGAAUAUUCUGUACCACCUGGUACCUGAAUUGCUCCCUGUGCUUGGUGUGCCCAUCACCCUUGCUGACUGGCUUGCUGGAGUUGACUCAUUUGUGCUAAUUAACACCUCAUUAGUAGGAGGACAGUGCUGCUGGCUGAAGGUAGCAAGCACUGCUGCCAGGCGGCCUGGGCAAACACAGCGGAGCAGCAGAGCCAUGGCUGGGCUUCUCAUGCAUGGCAGGACUUGUGGCCCUCGGUUUCCUUGUGUGAUUGGGUCUGCCCACAGUCCUGCAGAGCAGCAGGGCCCCACACCAGCCUCUGUGUGGCUGUCUGCUGUGCCAGUAUGUCAGGGAAGCAAGGUGCAGUAGCCAUAUUUUGUUCUCCAGUGCCAGCUGACUGAGAAGAGUAAGGGCCAGCUCCUUCCCUGUUGUUCCCAGAACACUGAGCUCUGUGGGGGCCGAACACCAAGGCAGCCUUGAGCUUCACGACUGAAUGCACCCAAUAUCCGACCAGGCACGCAGCCUCUGGCUGUGCCUCAAGGAUGCGCCAGCCGGUUGUCAACCAAAGAGAUGAGAACCUUAAAUGCUAGCAGUGUUUCUGAUACGUGGCUCAGCUCAGCAGGAUGUGUGGAAGAAUGACCAGAGACCUGUCCCUGAAGCAAGGGACUGCCAGCACUCUGCCCUGCCCUGCCCUGGCCAAGGCUCAGCUCAACACAACUUACCUGAACCUGGGAGGCAGUACCAGCCAUUUUUACCAGGUGGGGCCACUUUGCUCCUCCAGAGUCUGCCCUGUGGAAAGUGACCCCAGGUGGUACGGCUGGGGACCAUAUGUCCCAGAAUAUUCCUCAGGGGAGUUGAUGCCUUAGUGUGGCCCUGAGGGCCCUUCAGAAGUACAGUGAGGAGACAAGUGGAAACGAGGGUUCAUCUCUUGGGGAGACCCCUGCCCUAGAGUAAGGUGGCCAUGCUCUGCAAAUGGACAGGUCCGUCUGUCGGGCGGGGCUGCUGAAACAGCAGGCUGCCCUCAGCUUUCAGAAGCAAUUCCGUUUUGAUCUGCAGCUGGAACACAGGGUCCUUUUCCGGGAAGCUUUAUUCUAAUGUCUUAUAAUUUCAAAGGUCCUGGCGUUCUGGAGGCCAGGGCGGGUCUCGUGUCUAUGGCUUUUCUCUUUCAGACCACUGCAAAGGGUUUUGUAGUCAGGCCAGGCCUGAGAGCAUUAAUUAUCCACCACUGGCUUUCAUCUUUGUGGCCGCUGUGCUCUGGAGACCUCAGAAUGCCUCCCUAGGGCCUGGAGACCUGGGGUGGGCUGGCUCCUCAGAGCUGUCACACAGACUGCUGAGGUCCACCUGGGCCGUGACAGAGUGUCAUCCUCCUGGGGCCACCCCAGGAAGGGUGUUUCUAAAGCCGGCUUCCCUCCCAGCUGGUGUUUUUUGGAAAGAAGAGAAGUUGACUUGGUCUUUCCAUAAAGCCAAAUGGUCUCAUCA